AUGGCCGGCACACCGGGACGCACUCGCAAACCGCGCAAGCUGCCCGGCGUCGUGCGAGACGACUCAGACGACGAACUCGGCACCGACGACCUGCCGUGGGAAUGGAUUUAUGAGAAGGGCAGCAGCGGAGAACCACCAGAACCAAAAGUCACAGGCGAAGAACCCGUGGAAGAGACCGGGCGGAAACGGAAGCGGACGGUAGCGGCAGCGGCGACUCCCAAGGUACAGAUCAUUGGGGCGCGCAUGGGCACCUUCGAGUGUUACCUGGGCGACACGAUGCUGCUCAAGGCAGAGGGGUCGGGUGAGGCGUGGGUGGGUAUAAUAUGCGAGUUUCAGGAUGAUGAGGAUGGGGAGAAGGCGGCGAAUUUUAUGUGGUUUUCGUCGGCGCAUGAGAUUCGGAAUCCUAAGAAGAGGACGGAUUUUCUCGAGAACGAGCUGUAUAUCACAGCAGCAUUCGACGUAAACCCUCUGGUCAGCAUCAACGGCAAGGCGCACGUCAUGUCCGAGGCCGAGUUCAUGGCCAAGUACCCAACCGGCCGAGUACCGCGCAAGUCGAGCGAGCACGGCAAGGUGUUUGUCUGCCGUAGGGGCUGCAACACGCGGACGUGCAGCUACACGGACGAGUUCAUCUGGGAGGACAUCUACAAGGGAUGGGAUGAUUUCGACAGCCUGCACGAUAUGGUCCAGCAGAACACCAAGGAGACGCGCAAGCGGCGGACGGCCAAGAGCGAGCCGGCAGACCAGGAUUACAAACACAAGGCAGGAGGUGAUGAUGAUGAUGGCGGUGGCGAUAACGCGCCCCGUACUCCGAAAAAAGCCCGUACCAAGGACGCCGUGACACCCACCAGCAAGCGCAGGACACCCGGCGGCGGCAAGCUAGUGACCCCGUCCUCGCAACGCCGCAUCCUCGUCAAGAAACACCUCGAGUUCACCCCGCUAGCCACGCGCGUGCUUUCACCACACCACGUCUUAGCCUCCCCUUACCAACUCGCCCGCAGCCAACUCCACGUCGCCUCGGUCCCGACCAGUCUCCCCUGCCGCGAAGCCGAGUUCAGCCUCGUGUACUCCCAUCUCGAAGCCGCCAUCACCGACGGCUCAGGCACCUGCAUCUACAUCUCCGGCACCCCCGGCACAGGCAAGACCGCCACAGUACGCGAAGUAGUUGCCCACCUCGACGCAGCUGUCCGCGCCGACGAGCUAGACGACUUCAUCUUCGUCGAGAUCAACGGCAUGAAGAUCACCGACCCGCACCAGUCCUACUCCCUACUUUGGGAAGCCCUCCGCGGGCAGCGCGUCAGCCCCGCGCAGGCACUCGACCUCCUAGAGCGCGAGUUCAGCCGUCCUUCCCCACGACGUGUCCCCUGCGUGGUGCUGAUGGACGAGCUGGACCAGCUGGUGACCAAGAACCAGGGGGUCAUGUACAACUUCUUCAACUGGCCGGGGCUGCGGCACAGCCGGUUGAUCGUGCUGGCCGUGGCCAACACCAUGGACUUACCGGAGCGCACGCUCAGCAACAAGAUCAGUUCGAGGCUGGGGCUGACGCGUAUCACGUUCCCCGGGUAUAAUCACGAGCAGCUGAUGCGUAUCGUGCAGAGCCGGCUGGAGGGCGUGCCGGGGGAUAUUGUCGACGGGGACGCGGUGCAGUUCGCCGCGCGCAAGGUGGCUGCGGUCAGUGGUGAUGCGCGUCGGGCGUUGGAUAUCUGUCGGCGUGCCGUCGAGCUGGCUGAGGCAGAUGCCAAAGCUGCCGAGGAUUUCAACGAAAACAACAACGAAACCGACGACCUGCCCAUCCCCGACACCCCCAGCAAAAAACACCGCGGCGCCAACAAACCCCCAACCCCCUCAAAACCAUCAUCCAUCAUACCCCCCAAAAAACCCUCCAAAAAACCCACCGGCCGCGUCACCAUCGAAACCAUCCGCCGCGCCAUCGCCGAAGCCACCAGCAACCCGCUCCAACAAUACCUGCGCGCCCUGCCCUUCGCCGCCCGCCUGCUUCUCGCCGCACUGCUGAUGCGCACCCAGCGCACGGGUCUCGCCGAAAGCACAUUUGGCGAUGUCCUUGACGAGAUGCAGCGUGCUGUCAAACUCGCUCGCGUAGGCGGAAGGGAUAGAGACAGUGGGAGUCGAGCGUUGGGGGUGUUGGAUGCUAAGGCUGUUAAUGCUAUCUCUACCGUUACCGCCACCGGGAUUGAUAAUGGGACCGGGACCGGGAAUGGAGCAGGAUUGAUGACUCUCCCGCGAGGCCGGCCAGCUAGUACCACGAGCGGGGGGGCCAACGCGCAUAUGAUCCGGCCGGCUGGAUUGAGCGCGGCAGCGGUUGAUUUGACGGGGGCUGGGAUUAUCAAUCUGGAGGCACACAAGGCGGAGCGGCCGAGCAAGAUGCGGCUGGCGGUGGGGGAUGAGGAGGUACGGUUGGCGUUUCGGGAUGAUCCGGAGAUUAAGGGGUUGGGCGUCAUUUUGUAG